AUGUCAACAUCGCGGCCGUAUACAACCCAGUCACGCCCUUUUACUGCUCAAUCACGUCCAGCUACGGGUCGUCCCAAAACAGCCGCGUCAACGAGGAAUGAAGGAAACUAUGUCGUCGCGUUGAUAGAGAGCCGCGGUGUCGCCCACGAAGUCGGAAUCGCAGCUCUUGAUAGAGACACGGGAAGAGUAAUGCUCACUCAGCUUGCCGACUGUUCGACCUAUGCAAGGACUCUUCACCAGAUGCAAGUGCAUACACCUUGCAUUAUCCUCGUUCCGGAUACCUUCUUUUCAGGCCUCGACUCAUCCUCGGGUAAAGCAUCUUCUGGGUCUCUGCUAGUGCAGUACGCUAUGGAAGAGUUUCCCGCUACUCCGAUCGAGCCUGUUGCCCGAAAGUACUGGAAUGACGGCUCAGCAGGAAUGGAGUUCAUCUCUCAGCUAUGCGUUGAAGACGACGACAGAGCAGCUAUUUUAGUCGCAGUUGCCGACAAAUAUUAUGCACUCUCUGCUGCCUGUGCGCUCUUCAAGUACGUGGAAAUGCGCAUGAACACUCGCUUCGCUGCCUCGUCGGUCCGCAUUCGCUAUGUGCCCACUGAGGGCACCAUGAUGAUCGAUCCGGAGACUGCCCGAAACCUCGAGCUGGUCAACAACAUAACCUACAAGAAAUCUUCUCAUUCGCUUUUUGGGGUGAUGAACCACACGUAUACACCCAUGGCGGCUCGUCUUUUGCGCGCAACCAUACUUGCGCCUAUAACAGUUGAAGCCUCGUUGGAAUCGCGCCUCGAUGCUGUAGAAGAACUAGUCAAUAACGAGGAAAGGUUUUCUGAUGUUCGGAUUGCUCUGAAGACGCUCAACAAGUUGGACCUUGACAAACUCAUAUCAUCCCUCGCAGCCUACGAAGUGACUAUUUCGUCAAGUGCUAGACCGGCAUCAGCUCGGGUCCUACAAAUGCUCAAUUUACGAAGCCUCGUUCGCAAUAUCCCAAAUCUGCGAAGGGCAUUGCAUGGGAGUCAGUCUACCCUUCUGCGCAUUAUUGAGAAGAUGAUCUCGGAUACACGACUCGAUAGGAUUGAUGCACUUGUAGCCGAAAACCUCAAUGACGAGGCCGGGCCUGCCAAGACUGGCAUAGCUGCCGUGAAUGCGCGCGUAUAUGCGGUGAAGGCCAACCGCAACCGCCUACUUGACGUAGCCCGCGAAACUUACAAGGAGAACGUCGGAGAUAUACACCAGCUCUGUGCUAUGCUGUGUGAGAAGCAUGGUUUACCUUUGUUCCUUGUCUACCAAGAGUCUGGUUACGUUUUUUCAUCAAAAAAGGAAGAUCUCGAAGGAGAGCUUCCUCCGGGGUUUAUCAACGUUACGAUGCAAAAGGGACGCUGGCUAUUUAGUAGCUUGGACCUCAAGAAGAUGAACGCGCGGAUGAAAGACGCUCUCGAUGAGACGCUUAUGCUGAGCGAUAAAAUUGUUCAAGACAUGGUGGGCGCAAUACAGGGAGAUUCCGGAGCCCUCUACAAAGCAUCUGACGCGAUUGCUCUCGUGGAUGUCUUGUGGUCAUUUGCACAUGUAUCUAUUAUACGACCCGAAUUUACCGGAACACUUGCCAUCAAGGCGGGUCGUCAUCCGAUUCUUGAGACGGUGCAGUCAGCCGGAACACUCGUUUCCAACGAUGUCUACAGCUGUGAUUCUUCACACUUUCAAAUAAUCAGAGGACCCAAUAUGUCAGGCAAAAGCACUUACCUUCGGCAAACUGGACUGCUUGCCAUCAUGGCAAUGUGUGGCUGCUUUGUUCCGGCGGAAUACGCCAGUUUUCGCGUACACGAUGCUCUCCUCACUAGACUUUCCAACGAUGAUAACAUGGAGAAAAGCCUUAGCACCUUCGCGAAUGAGAUGGUGACUUCGGCGAUGAUAUUGGGCCUUGCGACAUCUCAAACCCUGGUUCUUGUUGAUGAACUCGGGCGUGGUACAUCUUCUUCUGAAGGUGUUGGGAUUGCUCACGCGAUCGCGGAAGAGUUGAUUGACAUCAAGUGUUUCACGUUCUUCGCAACACAUUUCGAGGUGCUAUCAACAACACUCUCGCGUCAGCCUGGAGUUGUAAACCUUCAUUUGUCCGUCCAGCGAGCACGGUCAUCCGCCUCUAACAUCGGAGUGACCUAUCAAUACAAAAUCCUGGAUGGCGAACCGGACGAGAUGGAACACUAUGGUCUCGAGCUCGCACGGCUCGCCGAUCUGCCCGCCGACGUGAUGUCGGAAGCCCACAGAGUGUCUGAGGCCCUCGUGGAGAAGGAGAAUCAGUCCAAGGCAGAGAGUCGAUCGAGCAAGGUCUCUAUCCGGCGCCGCGCUUUAUUAAAGCUCAAAACGCAGCUGACGCAGGCGUAUGAGCACUCGCAGCUUCCGGACGAAGAGCUGGUGGCUUAUCUCGCGAAGCUCCAGAGGGAGAUGGUCAAGGUGCUGCACGAUACGCUCUGA